GGGCCGGGGACUUGGUCCGCGACCUCACUUUUUGGUUCAUUGUAGCUUGCUAGUUGUUACUUAAAUUAAUCUGUGUUCAUUGUCAAAAGUUAGGUGAAUGUGAUAAUAGGUUUUAGGUUAUUGCAUUCGCAACAGCUGAUUGUAAAAGUUUAGUGGUAAAAUAUUUAAUUACUGAAGGACGAAGCAUACCUAUUAUUCUGAAGACGACGGAAGUAGGAUAAAGCUAGAUAAUAUGGCUGAUUCCAGGAAAAACCAUCUUAAUAUUGAUGGUGGACAAAUCAAAGAAGAUGACCACACUGUCUCUAGCUACAAACCAAUACCGGAGUCUGAUACAGACUUCCGGUCAUCAAAGGCCAGUAUCCACAAGUCCAAGGAGAAGGUGUCUGCUGACGGGGCCGAGGAGAAACUUCUGGAUAAGGAGGAGGAGGCCAAGAUCAUAAGAGUGGACAUGGCGGACGCCAAGUAUGUCGUCGGUGACCACAGGAAUGGCGACGCAAAGAUUGAGCUCGACGCUAACAAGAAGCAAUUCACGGGUCUGACGAAGGAGGAGCUGAUGAAGUACGCGGAGGACCCGUUCUGGGUGGGGCUCCGCUGGGCCAUGUUCGUGCUGUUCUGGGUGCUGUGGCUGGCCAUGCUCGCAGCUGCUAUCGCUAUCAUCGUCCAGGCGCCCAAGUGCGCCCUGCCCGCUCCUAAGACUUGGUACGAGAAGGGACCCCACGUGGACAUGUCAUCGGCGGAGAGCUACAGCGAGAUCGAAGCUAAGUUGCCCGAGAUGAAGGAGGCAAACAUCGCGGGUAUAUUCACGUACGUGUGCAAGGACGCCUAUGAGGUGUUGGAAGAGAAGCCAGGCUGCAUCGCACAGUUCAAGGAGUUCCUGGUCAAAGCGCAAAGUCAUGGCAUCAAGGUUAUCGUGGAUCUCGUAGCCAACUAUGUGCCUAAGACACACAAGUGGUUCGAACUGAGCGAGAACCGUUCUGCGGAAUACGACACCUUCACUUGGGCCAAGGGCAAGGAUUAUGAGUCAGAUUCCACUAAACAGAAACCGCCUAAUGAAUGGGUAUCAACUAUGAACGAGCCAGCGUGGACGUGGAGCGAGUCUAGGCGGGAGUACUACCUGCACCAGUUCGCCGACAGCCAGCCCGACCUCAACUUCCAUAAUGCUAAAGUGGUGGAGAAAUUCGACGCCGUCAUCAAGGCCUGGAUGGACGCUGGCGCUGAUGGUAUUAGGUUGCGUAACGCUCGCUCGCUGCUGGUGGACGCGUCCCUGGCGGAGGAGGUGCGCGACAGCGGCGCGAGCGGCGCGGACCACACGCAGUACCAGUACUGGCAGCACCGCCGCACCGCCGACCGCCCCGAGCUCGACGCGCUGCUGGCGCACUGGGCGCACAGAGCACAAGCUGGCGAGAAAGUGUUCACCAUAUUGGAGGACGAGACUCGCACGGAGCUGUACCUGCUGGACCGCAACACGAGCUACCUGCGGCCGCCGAGCGCGCGCCCCGUCAGCGUCGCCGCCCCCACCGCCGCGAGUGACAUCAGCGCACGCGUCAAGCGCUGGCCGCUUAUACAGUUGGUUGAUGGCGCGGACAGCGAGGACGACUCCGAGCUAGCCGUGUUCGCGAUGGUGCUGCCGGCCGCGCCUGUGCUAGCGCCGCGUCAGCUGCCCGUGAGGGACAAUACCACAGACGCCAGCACGAGCUUCGAUCACGCGUCGUUGCUGCGUGCGGACAACGUGAUCGCGCACGGGCGGUCCGAGGUUGCCGCCGUCAGCGCGACCACGCCCGACGCGCCACAGCUGCUUGCUUGCGCCAGAUGGAUGGAGAACCACCUGUCGUACCUUGGCGUGUACAACCCGGGGCCGGCGGCGGCGCGCGCCAACCUCACCGUGCUCAACAUGCUGCCGCCCGCGCUCAACGUGCACUACAUGAGCGCCGCCGUCAAACAGAACACCAAUUACACCAGCACUACGACAGUGCCGAUAGACGACGUGUUGGUGCCCUCGAAGAGUUCCGUUGUGUUCUCCUACAAGUACAAGUCUGCGGUGGAAACAUAAGAGCAGCGAGCUCACGCUGCACCAACAAGUUUUUGCUUUUACGCCACAUUGUAUUCUGUGGUUUGAUUUUUUUGCAUUUCAUGUGUGAUGAUUAUCAGAAUAAAUUAAUUUGUUUGAAGCAUUAAA